CCCUCUCUCCGCCGCCUCUGUCUCCACAGCUCCCUUUUCCUAAAGAAAAGAAGAGGAGAACUAGGUCCGGGGAGGAGGGCCGCCGCCAUUAUCGGAAAGCUGGCAGAAAUACCACUUUCACACACGCAAUCUGCUCAUAAAUCGACCAGGACGUGAACCAUUUCUGUUGCAGCAGAAGCAUAUUUCAGACGAAACAAGGCGAUUGCAACAAACUCACCGUUGUCUCGUGUGCGCGACCGGCCCAGCAUUAUGUGGGCACAACAAUGGACAGAAUAAUUAUUGAAAAAGCAACGUGGUGAACCGAGAAGAAGACGGCUAAGCAGAUUUUUGUACGUCUGAAUUUCUUAUGAGGAAAAAAAACCCCUUGCAAGAACAAAAUCGGAUCGUUCUAUUAUUUGGGAUAUUUAUUUCUUCCUUUCGCGUGUUUAAUUGCAACGCAAACAGUGAUGCUGAACAGGAGAAUGCAGGAAUAGGCGGCGAGGGCUGCGGCAAGCGCUGGCCUGACAGAUGCAAGAGGAGAAAGGGAGAAAUGCGAUGGAUCUGACUCAUAUAAGGAAUGAAUGAAAGAACCCCCGGCUCUUUUUUAAAAUUGGUACCCUGCAGAAGAAACUGAAAUCUGAUCUCUGCGGAUCAGCAACUUUAUGGACAAACAUUCAAGUGAACUCCUUUAUACAGUGCCUGUUUAUGGCAGGAUGAGCGUCAGAAGACUAUGAUGGCGAAAAAGCAAGAUGUCCGAUCGCCCAUUUACAACCUCAUUGUGGUGGGUUUGUCAGGCACAGAGAAAGAGAAGGGGCAAUGUGGGGUUGGAAAAUCCUGCUUGUGUAAUAGGUUUGUACGGCCUAGUGCUGAUGACUUCUACCUGGACCACACAUCAGUGUUGAGCACCAGUGACUUUGGGGGUCGAGUGGUUAAUAAUGAUCACUUUCUGUUUUGGGGGGAGGUGUCACGGGUUCUGGAGGAGGGGCCUGAGUGCAGAAUGCAUGUUGUGGAGCAAACUGAGUUCAUUGAUGACCAGACAUUUCAGCCACACCGUAGCACUGCUAUGCAGCCCUACAUCAAACGGGCAGCCGCAACCAAGCUGGCAUCAGCAGAGAAGCUCAUGUACUUCUGCACAGAUCAGCUGGGCCUGGAGCAAGACUUUGAGCAAAAACAAAUGCCUGAGGGCAAGCUGCAGGUUGAUGGCUUCCUGCUAUGUGUCGAUGUCAGCAGGGGCAUGAACCGCAACUUUGAUGACCAGCUGAAAUUUGUCACAAACCUAUAUGGUCAGCUUAGCAAGACUAAAAAGCCCAUUGUGCUGGUCCUCACCAAAUGUGAUGAAGGAGUUGAGCGCUAUAUCAAAGAUGCACAUACCUUUGCUAUCACUAAAAAGAGUCUACCAGUAGUUGAGACAUCUGCACGCUCAAAUAUAAAUGUGGACCUUGCCUUCCUCUCUUUGGUUCAACUUAUUGAUAAGAGCAGGGGCAAGCCCAAGAUCAUUCCUUACUUUGAAGCCCUAAAGCUCCAGAGUCAGCAGAUAGCUUCGGCCAAGGAUCGCUAUGAAUGGUUAAUCAACCGUAUAGUAAAGAAUCAUAAUGAAACCUGGUUAAACACCAGUCGACGCAUGAACACCUCCCCAGAGUACAAAGAAUAUGUCUUCUUGGAGGGAACAGCUAAAUGCAAGAAGCUUUUUCAACAGCAUGUAUACCGUCUGAAGCAAGAACAUAUUGAGAGGCGUCGCAAAAUAUACUUGAGCACUCUUCCUUUAGCACUUAGUUCCUUGGUGCCUGACCUUGAUGAGAUAGAUCAGCUGAGCUGGUCCGGGGUACAGAAGGUUCUAGAGUCCAAGCAGCACUUUGCCCACUGGUUUGUUGUUCUGGAGGACUCUCCAUGGGAGGACACGUCUCACAUUGACAACAUGGAGGAUGAGCGAAUCCCUUCAGACCUACUGGAGACUGCAGAAGCAGAGGAAAUAUUUAAUGCCCACCUGGAACAUUUGCGCAAUGAGUGCAGACGGGCAGAGAUGAGGCUGGAGUUUAAACAGAAGUUAGCUUCCUCUCCCUUUGUCACACCUGGUAAACCUUGGGAGGAAGCCCGCAGCUUUAUCAUGAAUGAAGAGUUCUACCAGUGGCUUGAGGAGCCAGAGUACUUGGACCUGUACAACCGCCAUCAGAAGGAGAUCAUUGACCGUGCUAAAGAAGACUUCCAGGAGCUCUUACUGGAGUACUCUGAGCUUUUUUAUGAGCUUGAGGUGGAUGCCAAGCCAAGCAAGGAGAAGAUGGGGGCAAUUCAGGAGGUUUUAGGGGAGGAACAGAGGUUCAAGGCACUACAAAAGCUUCCAGCUGAAAGAGAUGCUCUAGUAUUGAAGCAUAUCCACUUUGUCUAUCACCCUACAAAGGAGACCUGCCCUAGCAGUCCUCACUGUGGAGACUCUAAGAUUGAACAACUCCUAGUUUCACGUUUCCCCACUUGUUACCCCUUUUUUGAUGUGAAAGCUCAUUUUGGGGACACCAAGGCCGACAGAAUUAAUCUUGUCAUACUGGGGAAGGAUGGACUGGCCAGAGAAUUUGCCAAUGAGAUUAGGGCUCUCUGCACAAAUGAUGACUGGUAUGUGUUAGAUGGGAAGAUGUAUGAGUUGACACUGCGGCCUAUUGAGGGAAAUGUACGUCUUCCAGUAAAUUCCUUCCACACCCCGACUUUCACACCUCACGGAUGUCUGUGUCUGUAUAAUUCAAAAGAGUCCCUCUCCUAUGUGGUUGAAAGCCUUGAGCGACUUAGAGAAUCAACUCUGGGACGAAGGGAUAGCCAGCUAGCACAGCUGCCAACAUCACUGCUUCUAGUCACCAAAAGAGGCGUAGGAUCAUAUGUGGAUAUUGGUGGAGAAACUGCCUUAAACCUAAUAACACAGGGACAGCAGGUUGCAAGGAGACUGCAGUGUAGCUUCUUAGACCCAGCCUCCCCUGGUGUGGGCUAUGGCCAUAACGUCAAUGAGACUCAAAUCAACCAGGUGCUGAGGAGCCUUCUGGAUAUUAGGAGGAGCACAUCCUUUAGUAGCAGCUCCCCACCACUCCUCCCUGAGCCUCCAGGUCUCAGAGACUCUCCUCAUCAGCCGGCCCCAGAGGCAGAUCUUCGUAUUGUCAUGUGCUUAAUGUGUGGAGACUCCUAUGACAUUGAGCAGCUCCUGUCCCCUUUCCUAAUGCAUCAGCACUGCAGGCCCAUGUCUAAUAGUGGCACUUCUGUAUUGCUAGAGCAGACAGUUGGUGGACACAAGCUGGCUAUAGAGCUCUCUCUGCUCUCAUACCAUGCCUCCUUCACUUUGCGGAAGAGCAGGUUGGUACAUGGCUACAUCGCUGUGUACUCGGUCACCCGAAAAGCUUCCCUGGAGACCCUGUGUGCAUUCUUGUGUGAGGUUCAGGACAUCAUCCCAGUCCAACUGUUGGCAGUGGGAGAUAGCCAGGCAGAGCUCACUGAUAGUGACUAUGCCCGUGAACAGCAGAUCCAGGGGGAAGAACUAGCCCAUGAGAUUGAGGGUCGUUUCAACAGCGUGGUUUGUGGAUCUGGGGGUGUGGUAGGAGGCCUGCACAGGAUAGAAAUGUUUCAUCCUUUUCUGAUGGAGGUGGUUGAGAAACGCAACAUUGUGGAAGCCACACACAUGUACGACAAUGUUGCUGAAGCAUGCACCAAUGAAAAUGUGUACUCCCCACGCUGUAGUUCUCCCAGUCCUGUCACCAUGUUCCUGGAUUCAGAGGAUGAUGUAGAGCCAUCGCCACCGUACUAUGAUGGCACACUCACUUCUCACAGUGGGGGCUUCAACCUGCCUGACUUAGAUUCCAGUGACAUUUCUGUCAUCUCCGAUAUCAGAGACUUUGAGAACAAACUCAACAACAAAUUGCCCCCCCAAGUGAGAGUUAAACCGGGUGUCACUUUUGACUUCCGGAAGGUGAGUCGCAACCCAUACAUAGAUACACUGGGACACCGUCGCUCCCUACCCUCUGCUGUUACCUGGGUUCCUGGUGGGGAUGUGGGCUAUGAUCCCUCAGACUAUGCUGAACCCAUUGAUGCUGUUUCAAAACCCCGCCCUAGCAAUGAAGAAAUCAUCUACUCAGUGCCACAUGACAGCACACAAGGCAAAAUCAUCACCAUCCGCAACUCCAAUAGGAUGCACUCCAAUGGAAAUGGCUCAGACAGUGAAGCCGACAGCAGCUCUCUUGAGCGAAGGAGGAAGUUCUCAGCAGCUGGGGUGAAGCCUCGCCUUUACCGGGACCGCUCCAAGCGUCUUGGCAAGUUCAGCAGCUUUCGCACGAGCUUCAUAGGCAGCGAUGAUGAGAUGGGAGCUCUUCCAAAAUCCAAGGAAGAUGACUUUGGGACCCUGAAAGGCGAAAGUCUGGUUAAUGAGGAGAGUGAGGACCCAAAAAAGAGGAACAUUCUCAAGAGCCUGCGACGAACAGCCAAGAAAACAAGACCAAAGCCCCGUCCAGCUAUUCCCAAGCCCCCGGAGAGCAAUUACUUUGGGGUCCCCCUAGUGAAUGUGGUAUCUCCAGACAGACCUAUCCCACUCUUCAUUGAGAAGUGUGUCCGCUUCAUUGAGACAACAGGCCUGAACACAGAGGGUUUGUACCGCGUAAGCGGGAACAAGUCAGAGAUGGAAAGCAUGCAGAGGCAGUUUGAACAGGACCACGGAUUAGACCUAGUGGAGAAAGACUUCUCCAUAAACACUGUGGCUGGAGCCCUCAAAAGCUUCUUUUCUGAGCUGCCUGAGCCCCUGGUGCCUUGUGCUCUGCAGGUGGACCUAUUGGAUGCUUUCAAAAUCAAUGAUAGAGAACAGAGGCUAUACACCAUGAAGGAUGUCCUGAGGAAGUUCCCCAGGGAGAAUUAUGAUUCCUUCAAAUAUGUAGUGAGCCACUUACACAAGGUGAGCCAGCUGAGCAGGGUGAACUUGAUGACCAGUGAAAACUUGUCCAUCUGUUUCUGGCCCACUCUGAUGAGACCAGACUUCUCCACUAUGGACGCCCUGACUGCCACACGCACCUACCAGACAAUCAUCGAGACCUUCAUCCACCAGUGUGCAUUCUUCUUCUACAACCAGCCCUUCCUUGACUCCCCCACCGGCCUGGCAGGCCUCCCUGCCUCACCUACCACCACCCUCACUGGGAGCUCUGCCUACUCUUGUUACCGCUCCUCUCCUCCCCACACCACCACGCACUUCAGCCCCCUGCAGCAGUCCCCACCCACCACCCCCCAGUCUCCUCUGCAGUCCCUGCUCCCUCCCCUCCACCAGCACCCCCACUCCCACCACUCCCCUGCUGAACAGGAGACACUGUGAGAGACAAUGAAACCACGUGUGCCCAUGAUGAUGCUGGACCUUAUCACCAACACACACACACACACACACACACACACACACACACACACACACACACACACACACAUACACAAAACCCAUGUGCACUUGCACACUACAUUUUUGAUCAUGGACAACCUAGAUUAUGAAGAGAGGGGAUAGGAAGUGUCUGAGAAACUUCCCCAACCUGCUAUUUGUAUCCAUACUUGUGCGCAUCAGGGUAGGCUACCGUUAUCAGUGACUCUUCCUCUGCCCUCUGAGACCCUGAUCUCCUGGAAUUUGACGUCAGGUCAGAAGUGGAGGACAGAGGGCGCUGUCACUGCAAGCCUCUCUUCUGUCAGCCACCACUUAUCCUACACUACCAAGAAAGAGAAACCUCUAUGCCAAGCUGGAAGACAUGAUUUGUGGCUACCAUGUUUUUAUCUGUGUAAAACUGUUUUAGUUUUUUUUUUUUUUCUCAUGAAAGUACUGCCACUGGAUUUAUAGACUGUUCCUCUGUAGGUCCUUUGGGCAGCAGUUUGCUCCAUAUAGCAGAGGUUCUUCUGUGUCUGCCUUUGGGGUUUCUCUCAUCGGCUCUACUUGAGGGGUCAGCAUG